AUGGGAAUUACCGGAUUGUGGAAAAUUGUGGAGCCGACGGCCACCGAGAUUCCGUUGGAAUGUUUGGAGGGCAAGAAGCUGGCGGUCGACGUCUCGAUCUGGAUCUAUCAGGCACAGAUGGCCUACCCGUCGGACCAGCCGUAUCCGCACCUUCGUCUGCUGGUCAACCGACUCUCCAAACUGCUCUUCUACAAAAUCCGCCCGGUUUUCGUGUUCGAUGGACCGCAAGUGCCGAGUUUGAAGCGGAAAGUGAUCGAGGGAAGGCGUCAGAAGCGGGAGGACGAGGACGACAUUCUGAAGAACGCGAAAAAGAUGCGACAGCUCAAGGAGAUCGCGUCGGGCAAAUUGGACGACGUCGAGUUGGCGAAGAGGAUCGACGGAGUGUGCAGUCCGUCGAAGAAGACGGUCCAGAAUGAUGUGUACAAGGACAUUCCGAGCAGUUCGAUCGAUUUGCGGGCGGUCGAUGCGGCCGGAAGAGCACAAACCGAUCGGUUCAACUAUAUCGAGUCUUCUGAUGACGACGACGUCAUCGAAAUUAAAAAAGAAGAAAAAGUUCAAAUUCCGGCUGCCGCACGACGGGUCCAAAUGCAGGGGUUGUUGGAUAAACGAGAAGUGAUGAGGAACAGCCGGUUGAGGCCGGACAUGGUAAUGUAAAACAAGUUGAUGAUUAGUUUGGCCUAAAAACGAAAAUGUUUAGAUUCCAUCCGACUCGAAGAGCUUCAGCAACUUUCAAAUGCAACGAUUGCUCCAAAGAGGACGUCUCAGUGCACAAAUUCAACAGGUUAGUGAGAAGAUUCUAGAAGAAUGCAAGAACGAUCACAUGUUUUUGUAGCUGGCCAACUCAUCCGCCUCGAUCGGCGGCUCCACGCCCUCCGACAAAAUCAACGUGACGGGUCCGGACGGCACUCGUCACGUGCUGCGCCACGCAUUCUCCGACGAGAUUCAAGAAGUGAAAGCCGGUCAGACACGGGAGAUCGAUAAUCUGUACAAGCCUUCGGGGCUCGAGAUGACGCUGGACGUGUUCAACGUGGAGUACGGCGGACGGGCGCUGAGCAGAGAGGCGACGCCCGACGAUGAGCGAGAGGAGUUUGUCGAGAAGAUGGAGGAGCGGUUGAUGGAUCGGAAGGAGGGGUGGACGAGCAAAUCGGCCAUGCUAGAGGUGAUUGCGAGAAAGCGAAUCCGACUGCAUUACGGGGCGAAGGAGGGCGAGGAAGAGAAAGAGAGGGAGAAGGAGUUGGAGUUAGAAGUAAGCGACGACGAAAUGGCGCUGCAGGAGGUGCUCCUAGAGUCGGCUUCUAAAGGAAUCGAUGAGAAAAUGGAGAAAGAGUGGGAUCCGCAAAGGUACGAUCCUCCGAGCACCUCUACCAACCAUUACGACGACGACUACAUCCGUCUCAACUACGACGACGAUGAUCGGACGCCUCAACUCUACCGCGACCUCCAGGAGUUCCUCACCAACUGCGGUGUUCCGUGGAUCGAAGCGCCCGGAGAGGCGGAGGCGCAAUGCGUCGAGCUGGAAACACUCGGACUCGUCGACGGCGUCGUGUCCGACGAUAGCGAUGUGUGGGCGUUCGGCGUGCGACACGUCUACCGGCACAUGUUUGCAAAGACGAAGCGAGUGCAGAGGUACGGAGAGCGGACGGCCGGGAAUAAGGAAAACUGCCGAUUGUUUUGUCUGCAACGCGAGGAUUUCAUUGCUAUUGCGAUGCUCUCCGGCGGCGAUUAUUGUAGCGGAUUGAGCAAGGUGGGCACGAUCGGAGCACUGGAGCUCGUAUCAGAGUUUGUGGAGCAACAGAAAGAGGAGCAGAAAGAGAAGAAAGAGGAGAUGGAAGAUGCCGAGAACAGGGUUUGUGUUAGUUUCAGACUAUUCAACAAAUGACGGAUGCUCAGAUAAUGCGAUUGCUCUCGAAAGUACGCCAUUUGUUCGUAUCGUCGCCGGAAGAAGCUCGGCGAGCGAGUCGGACGGCGAUGCAGAUGAGAAGACACGUCACAGAAGCCAACGAACGGGACACUAUUGAAAUGGUGUGGGCUGAGCAAACUCACGUUUGAUGAAAAGCACACAAAUACCUUUUGCAGGUGUGCUCGAAUCGAGAAGCCGUGCACGCGUACCUCCACCCGCUCGUCGACCGAUCCACCGAACACUUCCGCUGGCGUCCGAUGAACAUUCCGCUCGUCCGUUCCACCCUUCAACAACGUCUUAACUGGCCCGAUCGCAGCCAGCAGCACGAGGAGAAGAACUCGUUCGACGCAUUCGAAAAAUGGAAUGUGUUCCUGCGCGAAGAGCACGGACGGUCUCAAAUGCGUCUCGACCGGUUUUUCGCGCAGAAAACCGACAGUUCGUUGGAGUUAAAGUGGUCGAAGCGAGUGAUAGAGGCGAUGAAGAGGAUUGAGAAACGGAGGAAGGGCGAGGAAGAGGAAGUGGAAGAGAUUCCGAUGGAGGAGAGCAAGAAGGGGAGUCCAAAGAAGACGGCGACACGUGGCAGAGGACGAGGCCGUGGACGAGGUGGAAGAGGUCGUGGUCGUGCGAGCACGAAAAUACCUAGAAAAGAGCUAAAUUUAUCAGAAGAAAGCAGUGAUUCGUUUGAUGAUUUGUAAACGUUAAUUGAAUUGAUCUCGAAGAAAUUUUAUCACCAGGAAAUGAAAACUAGCAUACAAUUCAAUAUAAUUCAAACUUUUCUAUAGUCCCUAUCGUUUUUUAAACGUUUUGGUGUCUUUUGAUGCCUAAUCUUGUUCUUACUGAUCAAAUCAGGCAUUUCUGAUUUUAGACAAAUAGUACAAAAGUGAUAGAUUCGAGAAAAAUCACUUUUAUCACAAAGGCUGACAUUGGCCCAAGUACCACCGCCAUCACCAACGCAGGCCAGACGGUUUCUCGAGAAUGCGAUGAGUCAGCUUUUCGGACGCAUGGUGAUCAUAAAGAUGAUAUAGAAUUUGAUGUUCGCCAGGCUCAGCUCCUUCUUCCCGAAGAAAAAAAACCGCGUUCACUACUUGAGCGACAAGGAGUUGGUCAGUUUUAUGUUUUAUACGUUAAUUAGUUACUUUCAAACUGUUUGCGUUCCCGAUUGAGGAGACGGGAGAGGACGGUGACGAAACUCGUGCUGCUGAUACAAUUCCUCCUGUCAAGCGUGGAAAAGACACUGCCGCGACUGUAGUGGACGAAACUGGUCGCAAUUAAAGAAGUAGCGGAAAUGGAAGCCUUUUACAUGGAAUGGAAUAAUGCCGUCGGCAAAAAGAAGAAGCAAUGUAUUUCUGCGGUUAGUUUAGUACAUGACUUUAUGUUUACUCUCUGUCCCACAUUCAGAUACUCUUCUAGAGACGGAUGCUUAAAGAUGCCUCCAGGACAAAGAAACCAAUAGUUGGUGUAUUGACAUUUCAUGCGAAACGAGUUUCGUCGGGUGCGCAGCGGUCGCGUCGCGUGCCGAGGGUCUCGCCGCGACGGGAAGAUUUACGGUUGCGAAUUUUCGUAAAUAAAUUCACUUGCAGAUUCGAAAUUGUUCCGCUGCUGGCCAUUUUCAAAAAAAUCGAUUUUUCUGUGUCAGUUUUUUCAAAAAGUCAACAGUGUUCCUAUCUUUUUCUUAUCGCUCUUGUAUAAUUCCUGUACGCACCUUUACUUUCUUUCUUCUCGCUCGACUGUUUUUUUUUAAAUUUUCUUCUAUGCAAAUUUGUACUUUCAGGUGGCGGUACAUACAAUAGAGCAUGGCCCCGGUUCGACCUUGUCAACUAAACUCAGUAAGUCGUUUUAUUUUCGUUUUCACAAAAACUGAUGAUAGUUAGAAAGAGCUCUUGUGCUCGAAUGGUAAGUGAUAAUUUGAUAUGACAUGCAUUUUAUGCCGUCACGAUGAUCCCUAAAAGGGGGAGAAUAACGGCGUCUUAUGCUCAUUUCAAAUGAUACCAUUCACAAUUCUAGUGAGAAGUCUUCACGAACACGAACGAAUUCCUCCCGAUGAAUCUCUUUUGCGCUGCAUUUCGAACAAUCCCAUAGAAGCGGUCGGUUCCCUAGAUUAUUUUCUAAACGGGGAAACUGAAUCCAACAUUUUAAUUUCAGAUGAAAGCUGAGUGGAUGAGAUGUCCGCGAUGCAAGACCAAACAAUUGAAGCCAGAAGUGAUUUCGACGGAUAAAAACGGUUCUGACAAGCUGUGGUGGAUCUGUGAAAAUUACGCUGUAAGUUGAAUUUUUUCAAGAGAUUCCUCGAAUAAUUACAUUUUAAUUUCAGAAAUGUAUGUUCCCGCUUGAUAUGCCGCCAAAAAUUUAUCAUGUCACGCAAACUGCCUGCCAGAAGAGAGAUGGAUAUGUCCCAUUGCCGAAAAUUCAGUCGAUUCCCUCAAAGUACCGCUAUAUGUAUCCGAUAACAUUUUCUGAUUCUCGGCCACCUUCCCGAUGCUCCAGCACUGCUUUCACUAAGACUGGCUCUCGCACUUCUUCGGAUGCCACCAGUAUAGUUUCGGAAAAGUCUAGCGGGAAGAAUCGAUUAAAAGCAGACGCUCGUUCUACGAACAGUGUUAUAACCACAAGCUCCGGAGUCGCAUCUACUUCCGACCCUUCUGAAACAAUUGGAGAUCAAGAUAACAUUGACGACGAGCUUGAAGCAGCUGCGAAGAAGCCAGAAACAUGUAGAGUAGUCAAGAAGCGUGUCCGUGAUAGCUCAAGGUCGUGGAGCAGUCUGCUCGAAAAAUUGGCUUCGGAUCCCGUUGCUGCCAACACAAUUAUUAACAUGGAGGUACGUUAUCCCUUCAGAAAAUGUUAUUAUAAUUUAAAAAAAUUUCCAGGAAUCCGAGUUGUUCCACAGGAUGAAAGAGUUCUUUGAUGACCAGUACUACCGAGGCACGGCGAUCGUCUUCAGACGGCACGCGACACGGUUUGUCAACAAUUCUCGGAACGGUCGAAACCAAUCUGACGUUUCCAGGAGAGUUACAUAUCGAGUUGACGAUGUGGAGAACUGCCUUCGGGCGAUCACUCACGAUGACUGGGAAAGCGCCAAAAAGCGUAUGACAGUAAACACUCGAGGCGUCAUGCAAUCUGCAAACGCUCAGGAGCUUUUGAAGACCGUUGGAAUCGAUUUAGAAAACGUGAAGAAGGCCGUUCAACAGAAAGUUACGAAUGUUAUGGUAAACGCUGCCAUUGUGAAACCGAUCUCAUCCAUAACCUUUCAGAGCGGAUUCAGCCAAGAAAGGCUUGUAAAACGACGGAAGCUCGAGGAGAACAGACAAGCAGACAAGGCUGCGCGGAAGGAAUCGCUUCAGAACGAAAUACAUCUGUCGGUGUCCGCCAGAAUAUUGAACAAGAAAAUGAGGAAAGAGGACGAGGAGAGAUCCCGGACUUGCACUCCGGCGCCUUCUUGCUCCUCAGAACCAGCAAAUUUAUCGUAUUUCGAAAGUUCAUCACGCGAGGAGCACCAACCCUCUCAACCAGUGCAUUUUCAAGUAGAAAACGGCGAGGAGACGGAUCACAACUGGGGAUUCGAUUUGGAUGGACUUUAUGAGAGUAUUCAUGCGCAAAACAAUCAGUUCCCGGCCGAUGAACAUUCGAAUGAUCCCUAUGACGCAAUGCUUUUCCAACUGGACGACUCGGCGCCAAAUAACGAAGCGCAACCGCAGAAUGCUGAGCCUUUGGUCGAUCAGUCAGGAGAACGAACUCACGUUGAGCAGGACGAAUAUUCCGGUUUCGAUGAUUUCAGUGGCCUUGCAGAUUCAACUUAUGAUUUCGUAAAUGAUAAUUUCGGAUUCUAAAACCCUAUUGUUCUUGUUUUUCAGUGUCUUCGUAAUAUCGUGUAUUAAAAACAGGCAUCUCUUCUCUUUAUAAAUUUUCAAAUUAUAAGCCUUUUUGUUCUGAUCGGGCGCACAAUUGUCACUAACUUUCACAAUAUCUCAAAAAAAAAAAACAAAUGCGCACAGUGAUAUCACGAAUCGGUUGGUUCAGAUGGACUACGAAGUAUGUCGUAAAGUGUGGGAAUCGCAGGUUCCCGUCCAAUUCACCAUCCAAUCGGGAAGUCCUAUGGGCGACCCACUUCCCUAUUACACAAUGCUCCCGCGCUUCUCCUAUUUGGCUCUUUGCCUGCCCAAAGUGCUCAGCUACUUCGACCGUCGGGAGGACGGCGAGAAGGUUCAGGGCGAAAAGGUGUGGCUGGAGACGAACGGAUCUCCCGCGAAGAUGUACGUUCCGAUCGGAGUGCUCUACGAUCUUCAGAAUCUCGAGGACGACGCGAUUCUCGAGUUUAACGUACGCACGUCGACGCCUCCUGCCGAGUUCAUGGCCGUUGAUCGGAAUAUGAUGGAGACGAUGUUCAUGCAGAGUAUCAAAGAAGCCGACUACCUGAAGACGAAGGCGGAAACGACGAAUAACAUGCAGAAGGAGGAGUACUCGCAGUUGUGGCGGAGCGUCGCCAAUAGUGAGUGCUCAGAGUGUUCGACCGACCGCAUCCGAUUUGAUGAAUUUUAGACAACUUUGACGAGUUCUGGACGAUCAUUCAGAAACUGAUGGAGACGAAGGACGGCAAGGAGUUCGAUCACAUUCCCUUGAGGGUUUACGUCAAAAAGCAGCCUUUCAAACAGGUAAUUCCGUGUUUGAAGAAAUUGCAAUGCUCCAACUGAUUCCAGAUUCUGAUCUCCGCGAAAGACGAUGCAGGCUCGCUCCGAACACUUGGCGAGGCGGUUAACGAAGUUCUCAAAACCUCCGACGAUGGCGCGUCUUCAGAAGAGGAACGGCAUCUGAUUUCACACGGAAUCGAUGUUCCCGCUCACACCCCAUUGAUUUUCGCCGCCAAAAACUUGUCCUAUCCGGAUAAUUUUGUUCAUAUUGCCGUCUUGUGA